UGUAAAUUCUGAGUGAAUUAUAAACAUUAAAUCGCAUUAAUCAAACGUUUGGUGUUUGUGUUCGUCGAAUAUAUUUGAAAAUUCCCGCACUUGUGGUGGAGAGUGGUUCAGCACUCCGCGGGUAACGGACCCCCCACCUGGAAUACCCGAGGGCCAGACUUGCACGUAGCAAUCAUUAAUAUCAGCAGCUGAAAAGAAAACUGAUUGUUUUUUUUUUCUAAUUACAAUCUCAAGUCUGCCUAGUAACUAUAACGCUGCUAGGGAAUUGUUAGGGGCUUUAGUAGAGCAAGUUUGCUGGAGGUCACGACUUCCCCUCCCCUCGCUCGUUAACUACAACAAUUAUUUUUGAUAUUAUUCACAUGAUAUUAUGAUUUUUCCACGCAGUUUCGGAAUCAUGUGGAAUUCUCUUCGUUUCACAAAUUCUCUGAGGAACCUGAGAAAUUUCUCAGUGGGAUCAAUGUCGAAGAAUUCUCAGCCGAAAGCAGCAAGUUCACCAGCUACGGGGGAGGCUUCCAAAACUAAUACAGAACAAGUCUUGGGACCUUUCCAGCAUAGAGUCACAGAUUUCGACAAAUGGAUCCUAGUGGUGACAAAGAAAUAUCCGAGUAAAGACCAAGUCCCAACACUUGUAGCAGAUAAUAUAAUGCAGAACGCCAUGAGCAAAGCCAGGAUUGGAGCCUCCACCGUGAUAAUGGUAUUGACAGGAAUGUACGCCCUCUAUACAGUGGUAACGAGCAAAAAAGUGCAGAAAGAAUAUCUGGAUAAUAUGGAGCACACUCGUACCGAUUACCGUCAACAGGUCACCGAAGAGUUUCGCCAAAAAAUGGCUGAAGCCUCUGCGAAAAAGCCAUAAUUUUUAUGUGAUUGAUAGCAGUAGAUAGAUUAACUCGAUAAAGUCAUUAACACUCGUAGGAGUAACAAUAAAGUAGGAACAGUCGGGUGGUGCACAGUUAACUGCUACUAUUUCUUUCCAUCAACAAUUCCUGAUACAUGUAACGCAUUUUUAUAAAUUUGUGAAUAUUAACAUAGAGGGAGUAUGCUAUUUGCAAAUACACUGAGAGCUCUAGUAUAUUUUUGAGAGUUUUCACACAGAAAGUAUUUUCUUCCUGAAACUUUUAUGAUUCAGAAGAAUUUGAUCAAUCAGUCGAUCAGCUAUUGGGCCUUUUGCCGGUUCUUGGUCUGCCAUUGCAGAGUGAAUUUUUUAAUUUUAUUAAAGAUUGUGAGAUUAUUUUUUAUCAGAACGUUGUAAUGAUAUUUUUACUCAAAUUUUAAGUCAGUGGCGCAGUGGUAAAAUGAGAUAAGUUGACUUAUCUCUGAGUCCAGUUUUUGAGCACUAACUCUGAAUGUAAGAGAGACAGUGGAAUUUUUGUAAUAACAUUUAUUGUAGCACUCAAUUGGCUCCACAAAAAAGCUCGCAAUGAAAGUUUUGCUAUCUGUUGGUAGUAGUGGAAAGAUUGGACAAGCCGAAGUAACAAGAGAUCAGAGAUCAAUACAGAACCAAUGUAGACAGCACGUCUGCGCAAAUUUACUAUUUCUGAUUGACUGAAUACAUUUUCCAGACUUUAAGGUAGACACAAACGCAGGCUUCGUCUGUACAAUUGAAUAGUUGUCACCGUUGGUUCCAGCACUAUCACAAAAACUAAUCAAUAGUCAACAGUGAUCUUAUUUACCAUUUCGUUAGUGAUUUGUAAUUGCGGUAGGAAUUAUCAAAAAGAAAAAAUAUUUGCUGAUAUUUGAUGUUGUAUUGUAUACUAUAUACAAGAGGGUGGGGGCAUAAGAACACAGUUUUCCAAUUUUGAUGAACAAUAAUCGUUGAAUCGUCAUGAGAUGCACGAGAAUUAAUGAAAAAUGAUAUUAACGUUUGGAAAUACCACGAAAGACAAAAACCAUUAAUCAUUGAUGGUUACAUUCUUAAUAAAGACAGUCAUAAUAUUGGUAUACUUAUGUAGAAUUGAAACUCCAUCGCUAAGGAUGCACACAACAACCCAGGGGCAAAACCGUGAUACAGAAUAAAUCAGGAAAAAAAUGACGGUUAAAAAUGAAAAUAUUUACCCAAAAUUAACAUUCAUUUUAACAGGAGGAAUUAUUGCAUAGAGGAAAUUUCCAAGUAGCGUCGCGUCAUUAUGGACGAUCGAUAAUGAAAUUACUAGGAAUUUCGAAAAGAAUACUCGACGAAGGAAAUUAUUAUUAAGACUAUUUGCUGUGUUGAAGAAUAUUGCUUGGUGUGAAUUGCAAAGCGUUAUUGAAAAAAAAAAAACAAAAUAAAGAGAAAUUUAUCAGCUGACAUUGAAA